AUGGAUACUUUACCACAGCAGGGUCAGAGGUCGAGAGGCGGCCCACUACCACCCCACGGUCGGAGAGGUGGUAGGGGGGGCGGAGACUGGGGCCCGCGCGGCCCCCCAGAGGAGGGGCACCACCAGUCACCGCAGCGGCCACAGCGCGGGCAAGAGGACCACCACCGUCAGCAGCCACAACACCAACAGCAGCAGCACCAACAGGCUUUGCAGCCGCUGUCGCAGCAGCCACCGCAGCAGCAGCCUCAGGGUCCAGCACAAGGACAGGGAGUGUCGGGCCCACAGCAGCAAGAUGGGGGCCAGCAGGCACAGCAACAACCACCCCAGGCCAGCAGCCGACCACUGAAGGGCGUGCCCAGCGUCGUUCCGGACUUCGUCAUCCCCAACAACAAGGAGUCACCCACCGCACCCGUGUCGGGAUCCAAGUUCCCGGAAGCGCCAAAUCUCAUGCAGAAAUUCAGCGAGAUGACAGGCGGCGCAGACGACAUCAUCUCCAAGGGCAAGGAGCUCAUCUUCAUGAAGUUUGGCCUCGGAAAAUAG